UAAAAGCUUUCACAGACCCAUCUAGUGACCCCCAACUUACGUGGAACCGGUUUUUAAAAGUCAUAAUCGGUUAGGUGUAAAAAAAAUAAAGUGGGGGAAAAAGUUCCUUCACUUUUUAAAUUUGAUUUUGUCUCCCAUUCAUUAUUUGAUAUACUACAGGUAGUAGAAUUUUUUUAGGGAAGAAGAUAUUCGAAGAGAUUUAUCUUUUUUUUUUCCCGCGCUCGUUUUAUUUUGUGAAGGGGAAGAAUGUGUUUAAUAGAAAAUUGUGGGAAUUGUUUCGGUUAUUAAUAUUUUAUUGUUUUUGUGCCUUAAUUGUGUGGAUUAUUUUGUGUAUAUCAAUUUUUUUAUUGGGAUUAUUGGAUAUUGUCUGGAUUUUUUCUCCGUCACCUAAGCGGGGAAGGUUGCGAAUAGGUGUUUGGGGACGAGCGUAUGCAGGUCUGGGACUUGGUUGCGCCCUUGGCGGCGGAACUUCGUCUCCAGGAACCUCGACUUUUCAUGGCUGAAAGCGGAGCGCCUGUCGACUGCUCAGCCCCUGCCACACUUUUGGACGGAGAGCCCUUGCUCUUACAAGAAGGGCAAUUGCCAUGGGACACCCGGUCUGGUACCGACGUUCGUUUAAGAAUCGUCGAAGAGUUGCUGUCGUCGGAGAAAGACUAUUGCCAUACUUUAAAAACUGUUGCAGAUUUGUACGAAAAGCCUCUCAGGAAGCUUUUGUCGAUGGAAAAAGAGGAUUACAAAUCACUGUUCGACUGGGUGGAGCCCAUUUGUUCUCUCAGCAAAAUGGUCAUCAUAAAGUUAACAGUCGCAGUAGAAGAAUGGGAAAUGUAUGAAACCAAAGUUGCAUCUAUAUUUUCGAAGUUACUAUGGAAUAAAUAUGAAGAAUAUCAAAAUUUGUACUUGGACAUUGCUUUACCUUUGUUGAAGGAGAAAGAAACUAACGAUGAAGAUUUCGUUGCUCUAUGUCAGUUGAGACAAGGGGCCGCAAAAUAUUCUUUGGCAGCUCUUCUGGAGUUACCGUUGGAGAGGUUGAUCCAGUAUGAGCGGUACCUGUCUCUGUUGGCCGAACAGACCGCUCCUGACCAUCCUGAUUACAACGACAUAUGCCGAACGGCCAGUAAAGCUGCAGCUAUGGUAAAAAGAGCUGACCAUGGCAGAGAGGAAUCAGAUCUGGAUCGAAUCCAGGAUCUAUUUCCGAGCGAUCACCUGCGUCUUCACGAAAGGGAUCCUCUGUCUCCCAGGAAAGGUUUGAUGCGAUCUAAAUCUUCAGCAGCUUCUAAAAUACAAAGGGCCUUACCUGGCAAAUCAAAGACUUGUAACGGAGACAUGCCGUGCAGUCCGAGUCGACCUGAGGCCUUGUCCUUUCAGAAGAAACACUUAUGGGGUGAUGACAAUUUUCGAGUUUUUAUCAUGGAAAGCCCUGUUCAUUUUACUAUGGGUGUUCAGAAACAAGACAGGCAUUUGUUUCUCUUCAAUGACCUUCUCUUAGUUGCCAAACCAAGGUCCGGCGGCACCUACAAGCUGAAAGAAAAAGUCCGUAUGAGCGAAAUGUGGCUUUCUCAAUGCCUAGGAGAUGUCUGUGAAUCCAUCAAAUCACCUGCAACUUCUUUUGUCAUCGGGUGGCCUACCACAAAUGUCGUCGUGUCAUUCAGUUCCUUGAAGACGAAAGAUCUAUGGCAACAAAAACUGUUGCAAUUAAUCGAGGAAUCAAAAGAAAAAGAAGGAAAGUCCCAAACAUCUAUUCAAAUUUCUUUUAGGAGACCAGAAAAUGGGGAAGAAAUAUAUAAAACUAUUAAAGUUGACAACAGGUUAACAGUUCAAGACACAAUCAGACUUGUUCUUCAGCAACUGGGUUAUUCUGAAAAUGGAAUAAAAGAUUACAAAUUGUGGGUUAAAACUGGCAAAGAUGAAGCACCAUAUCCUUUAAUAGGUCAUGAAUAUCCAUUUAGCAUUAAGAUGAAUUUCAUUAGAGAAUUGCUUAGGCGGUCAGAUCUGGAUCUCAGGAAUUUAAACAACAUCAGCACUGACACCAAGUGUUACUUUAUUCUUCGCAAGAACAGCUUCAAUAACUCAACUAGAGUUGAUCCAAGAGUACAAAAGAAAAGAAAGAAGCAUAGACGUCCUCACCCCAAAAUAAAUUGGCCUUUUAGAAAACCUGCUUCCAAGCAUGAUUCUGUAGACAGUGGUAAUAGCAGCCCUCCACCUCAUAACUUAUUUGGAUUGCCACUGUGGAAAUUGUGUCCAGAUAAUGUGAUUCCAAAACCCAUCAUGUCAAUGCUAAAUCAGCUGUUUGUGCAAGGCCCUUACACAGUUGGAAUCUUCCGCAAAUCAGCAAAUGCUCGAGCUUGCAGAGAACUGAAAGAAAAAUUGGAAGCUAAUCCAGAAUGUGAUUUGAGCAAUGUGUCUGUGAUUGUGCUUUCUUCUCUCUUUAAGGAGUUCUUACGAAGUCUCCCUGAUUGUCUUCUACAAUCUGAUUUGUAUAAAAAUUGGUUGCAAGCUGUUUCUUUUGAAUCUGAAUGGGAGUGCAAAAAACGUAUUCUGAGUUUAUUAGCUCAACUUCCACCUCAAAACAUUCGACUUCUACAGUAUUUAUUGUGCAUGCUGUGGCAUAUAGCCCAACAUUCUUCUGAGAAUAAAAUGUCUUCUAUGAAUUUAGCUGUUUGCAUUGGACCAACUCUUUUGAAUCCAGGAAAAUUUCAGUCGCCUGUUUUGCAGCAAGAGGAUGUUGCUGAAAGAGUGCCCAAAACUGUUGCUUUCUUAAUCGACCAUUGUGCAGAACUAUUUGGCGACCAAGUUCUUCAGCUUCUCGGCUCAUUUCCUGAGAGAGAUGGUUCAAGGCAAGAUUCUGGUGCUGAGGAGUCAGAUAGCUUACACAGCCUGCAUGACCUUGCAAGUCAAUAUAGAAGAGAUGAUUCAUCCAUUGAUAGUCUGGAUCGUGAUUUCUUGGAUGAAAUUGAACCUAGUCCCAAAUUGCCAUGCAAAAGUAAAAUGUCUCUUACAAACCUCAGCCGAGAUUCUGGACUCACUCUUAGUGAUACCCAGCUCUAUACACCUGAGGAAGAAGUGGAAAGCGAAUCUUCCAGUGCAGACAGUCGCCGCGGCAAUUCGGCUGCCUUGACAAAAAGUGUUCCUCAUCUCGAUACAGCUGGAAUUGACUGUAACACUGCAUCCUACAGCAAGAAUGCUGGCAUCAGCAUCGACGGUUCUUGCCAUGAUGUUGUUCGAAAAAGGCGUCAGGGUAUGGAAGCCCAUAGAACAAAAUCACUUGCUGCAUGCACUUCUUACAAUCAUCAAGAUUAUUAUUAUGAUGGCAGUCCCCAUUUGCCUCUUCAGCUUUCACAGUCAUAUAGCUAUAGUAUGCAACAAGAUCUCAUGGAUAGAGGAUAUGAUAAUUUUGUUAGAAAUUUUCACAAUCCUGUCAGAAGGAGGGAUGUCCGUGGAAGGUCUGCAGUUCAACGACCCAUAGUCUCUGCUGUUGAGCCUUUAGAUGACUAUGUAGAAGGCACUUUGAGAAGAAGUGCAUCUGAGGAGAGUCUGAUGCAGAAUUACAUAAGCUCUUCUGCAUCGAAGAGAAUGCUAAAUCAAAGGAAACGAAGAGCACCAUCUCCACCAAAUCAAAAGGGAACUAUGUCUGCUCCAUGCAGUACUAAAAAAACUGAUCAUCCUAUUAAUAAUAUUGGCCAUGAGAUGUCCAACUCCAGUCGAACGCCAGAUCGUCAUGCUGUAUGGUUUGCGACCCAUUCAAGACGAACUGAUUGGAAGAGAAGUCAGUCUACAUCCAAAAUCGAUGAGAUUGACCAAGCUCAUGAUUCUAGUACUUUAUCUCUUGUAUCUAGUGAGGACAGUACUCCACAGGUGUCUCGUAGUAGUAGCAGGGUUCAAGAAUUGAGUUCUAAGUCUCACAGUGAUCUCUAUGCUAUGUAUUAUAGUCCACCACGAGUUAACAGUGUAUGUAGCUCAACUUCUGAUGGGAGUCAGCAAUCUCACAAUUCUCGUUGUUCUCAGUCUUCCAUUAAAUCUAAUGGCUCACGCAAAUCCCAACGAUCGAACUGCUCACUAAAUAACUCCCCUGCCAAACCCAAUGAACCUCCAAGUUACCUGGAGGCCAUUAAUAGACAGACAAUGUUGAAACAAUUGAACCAAACCACAGUCAUCCCUGUGAAACCAGUCACUGAUGAAAUGAGGGCAGAACAGACUUCCCUCAGUGCAAAAGCUCGUGAACUUUAUGAGAACUCUGUACGAAUGUACUCCCAGCAAAUUCCAGAGAAUGACGAGACCCAUAGAGCUGUUCCAGCUAGUGUAGAUGUCGUAGAUGGACCUCACAAACCUUCCGUCUCUGUCAAGAGCACACAAACAUCGCCAAGGCCUAGUAGCCAAGAGGGCACUCAUAUUAGGUUAAGGCAUCUUCCUCCUGUGCAUGUUACUGAUGCCCAACUUAACCGAGUGAGAAAUUUCCAUAUAAGACCAAGGCAUACAAGAGAGGUAUUGCCUGAAGAAUUGAGAAAGGAAAUAAACUGGAGUGUUGCUCAAUUGAGAGAGAUGUUCAGUGCAAGAGCACAGGACUCAAGAGCGUGCAAUUUUUCUGAAACUUUCUUGGAAAAUGGGGAGAGACUGGGCAACAGCAGGCAUCCAAGACGAUUAUCUGAACAGCAACAUACACGUAGCCGAAGUCUCAGUUCACGUAGUGAGGAAGAAUCCUUUGUCUAAGUCUAAUAAUUAAAUGAAUUAGUAAAUGUGGAAGAUGCCUAUCCAUUAUAAUUCAUAUUAUUUUGACACAGAGUAGCAGUUGUCAUGAAAAAGAAAUGUCUCUUGAAGAAUUACAGCAAGUGAUUUUAAAAUUUCAUAUCAAAAUUUUCAGAGAAAACUUUAAAAAAACUAUCAAAAUUAUUUUUGUUUUAGUCAAUUACUGUGGCAUUCCAUAUUCAGCUGUGCAAUACAUAGUUAUCUUAUUUAAUAUUGUUGCACUGUAUAAAUAUCAUGAUGUAUUACCAUGGUUAUUUUCUGUGCAAUUUCAGAAUAUUUUAUUAUUUGUUUAAAUAUUAUAAUCAUUACUUUGAUGAAAAAGAAUUUUUCAGCAUUUUUACCACUCUGAAAAGUUUUAUGAAAGCAAUGAAGACUAUUUAAAAAACCUGAAAAAAUAAUGCAAUGAUUUUUUUUUUCUUUCAUUAUAUUUACAUCAUUAGCCAAAGAGUUCUCUAAAAUACGCUGUAAUAGUUCAUGAGGUUUCAUUAUAUUUGUAAAUAGAAAAAUAUUUUAAUUCUUCAUAAUUUUUUAUUUUCAUUAUUUAUGCAUCUGGAUAUGUGCUUCCUCUUUCUGCAUUUACUGAUUCAGUGUAUGUACAUAGUACUUUCCUUCUCAGGUUUGAUUCUAUAAAGACCAAAUGUUAAUUUGUGUUCAUUGUAAAUUUGUCACUGUUCUAACAUUUUAGUUACAUUAUGCAUUUAUUUACUGAACACAUACAUCACAGUGCAAUGUACGAUCAGAGCAUGUUUUUUUUUUUUUUCUUUGUAAAUAAAUGGGCUUAACAAAAAGCUUACUUUGCUAGAGCAAUAAAAAAUUUAUUUGUUUAAUUAUAUUGCUUUUUGAAAACCCUAGUCCUCGUUAGGACUUUUGUAACAUCUGUGUACAAGUUUACCUUUUCUAUGUAUAAUUGUUAACCUACCACGUCUUUAUUUUGUUUUAACUAAUGUUUGAAGCUCUUUCUAAUCCCUUGUGUAUGAUGCCAAUUUUGAAGCUCAUUUUUAUUGUACAUUUAUUGUAUACAGUUUUUUUUCUACUAAAAUUAAAAUGAUAU